AUGGUAAAUGCAUACAGUUUGGAUGGUGUGCUAACGAUAGCACUGCUCUUUAUAUGCGCAUGUGCAUACAUGCGGAGAGUAACAAGGCUCAAGAAUUUGCUGUUCAAUGAAAACAAAGGAUUCUGGGGUAUUUUCUACAAGUCAGCUGUUAUUGGAAUUCGAUUGCAUAUAUUAGUAUCGAUCUCCUGUAUUUCAAUGGCAUUCUAUCUAUUACUUUUCCGUUAA